UCAAGGGAUGGCUGUCCAAUUAUGUCGCUGCCAGACAAUCCUCACAACUCGGAAGUCACGGAACAACAGUACCAGGAUGUAGUGACAUACCUGUGCAGUAUACCAUCCUUGAGGGACAUAGAUCUUGGCUUUGUGGUGGUCAUAGACAGACGCAAUGACAAAUGGAGCUCUGUGAAAACCAUCCUGCUCAGGAUAUCUACAUUCUUCCCAGCUCUUAUCCAAGUAGCAUAUAUAGUCAAGCCUGCUGGCUUCUUCCAGAAACACAUCUCCGACAUUGGUUACAAGUCUGUGAAAGAAGAUUGUAAAUUUGAGGUUAUAAUGUGCAAUAAUGUCCAGGAGUUGUACAGUCACAUAGAUAGGGACCAGUUAACACAGGACCUGGGGGGCCUCAUAGCCUACGAUCACGCCGAGUGGAUACAGCAGAGAGCCGCCAUAGAAAAAUUCUCUGCUAACACCCACCAUGUCUCAGGUCAGCUACAGCAAUGCACAGAACGCCUCAGCGAAACUGAGCUCCCCAAUGAUGUCGCGGGGACAGAGGCCCUUCUCCGAGAUCACGGCCUAGAGCGUAUGGAGGUGAAGGAGGAGUUGAAAAGCGUCGUAGAGCAUGGAGAAACAUUGCUCAGUUGUAUUCGUGAGCCAGAGCUGGAAAGUGGACAGGCAGAAAUGGUGCUAAGUGUGUCAAAAGUGGUGCAUGUGACUGCAGUGGAAAGACUUCUUGUACAGUUGGAAGAGACAGAGAAAGCCUUUGACAAGUUUUGGGACCAGCACCAUAAGAAACUUCAGCAGUGUAUGCAGCUGAGGAAGUUUGAAGAUGAAUUCAGACAGCUGCAGUAUGUUGUAGAAAGACAUCUUGAGAAAUUAAAAGAAGAAGCCUUAGAAACAGAAAACUCCUUGUUGAAAAUAGAAAACCAUAUCACCGAUAUGAAAGAUUUUGAGGAAAAUACGAAGAAUGAUAUCCACAGGGCAGAACAGCUCCGAAUGGAGGGUGAGGCGUUGAUAGAGGACCAGCAUUACGCUGUGGAUAGUAUUCGCCCCAAGUGUUUGGAGCUGCAGAGAAUUUGUCUUCAGUACAAAGAAGUUGUUCGCCAAAGAAAUGAACUCCUGAGAAAGAAGAGAGAUCUGUAUGAUAGACUGGAAAAGGCCAACAAAUGGUGUACCACAGGCGUAGACCUGCUGGCAAUGCAGGACAUGACACCAGAUGGCGUUGAUGUGGCCAUCAAAGAAAUCAGUGGCUAUCUCCAGUUGUCGAAGCAGUUGAACUUGAACAACCCACGGGAGUUCAGGCAGACUUUUGAAAGUGUGCUCACGCCAGAAAUAAAGAAUGCAGUCCAGGAAGGUCUCAAGCGUAUUGAAGACAUACAGGACAUGUGCAAGAAGAGACUGGAGAACUUGAAGAAGGUCAAGGUCAACUCAAGGUCACCACCUCAACAGUUGACGCCACCGGAAAAGAAAGAAACUGUGCCAUUACUUAGCUCAGUGUCUACAGAAGAUCUCCAUCACAAAAGGAAGAGAAAUGGAGAAAUUAAGAAAAAUGGAGGAACUCACCUCAGGACAAAAAUAGAACUAGUCAGACAAGAUGGCAAUGAAAGUAGCUCAUCACUGGAAAGUGAAAGUGAAAGUCUUCAUAGAGGGCAGCAGAGUGGUGGAGUAAACAAGACAACCCCUCCAGUCAGUCCGCUGGCGGAUCUGGAUACACUUCACGCAAAGAGGGGUCAUGUGAUGAAGGAAUUAAUAGAGACAGAGAGGAUAUAUGUGAAGGAACUCAAGAGUAUCAUUGAUGGUUAUGCUAAACUGAUGGAUGACCCAGAGAUGCAGCAUCUUAUCCCAGCACACAUCAAGGGAAAGAAGAGAGAAAUAUUUGGAAACAUUGAAGAUAUUUAUACAUUUCACCAUGACGAGUUUCUCAAGGAUCUAGAGAACUGUCAGAACACACCAAGUUUGGUGGGAAGGUGCUUUGUAGAUAGGAGAGAAGAGUUUCAAAUGUACAGCUACUAUUGCCAGAAUAAGCCAAGGUCAGAGGCACUAAGGCAAGAAGCAGGCGAUCACAAUUCAUUCUUCAAGGAAUGUCAAAAGCGGUUGGACCAUAAAUUGCCAUUGGGCGCCUACCUGUUAAAACCAGUCCAAAGAAUUACCAAAUACCAGCUACUUUUAAGGGAAAUGCUUAAAUACACUGGCAAUGACAUUGGGAGUGUAGAAAUCAAGGAUGCACUGGAUGCUAUGCUAGGUGUGGUGAAAUACGUGAAUGACAUCAUGCAUCAAAUAGCAAUCACAGGAUACAAGGGAAAUUUGUCGGAUUUGGGGAAGUUGCUGAUGCAGGGAUCCUUCAGUAUGUGGACAGAGCACAAACAGAAGAAAGACAAACUGAAAGAUCUUCGCUUCAAGCCCAUGCAGCGGCAUGUGUUUUUGUACGAAAAGCUGAUCAUGUUUUGUAAAAGGAAGGACCACGACACACACGCAGAUAAGCAUUCUUAUAUAUACAAGAGUUCACUACAGACAGCCCAAGUUGGUCUCACUGAAAAUGUGAAGGGAGAUAAGAGAAAGUUUGAAGUUUGGCUUCAUGGAAGAUCUGAAGUCUACAUCAUACAGGCUCCCACAGAAGAGGUGAAAAACGCAUGGGUGGUCGAAGUCAAGAAAGUCUUGCUCAGUCAGUUUGAUCAGAUUAAAGAGAGAAGACAGAGAAUUCUCAGUUCUAAACCUAGUGAGGUGCAUGAAGAGGCUCAGAACAUGAACAGGAAAAAUUCGGACAACUACCCACCUUGUAAUAACAACAGCCUUCUGGUCACUCCCAGCAGUACGUCGUCUGCUGACCACUCCCCUACCUCAGAUGGUCAGUCUCCGGACUACGAGCAGUACACGGAUGAUGAGGACUGGUCAUCUAAUGAGUUCACCGACACUGAUGAGGAGACGUCUGAGGCCACCACACCCUCUGCUGUGGUGGAGUUACCAGUCUAUGUCGCCCUAGGAGAUUACCAAGGCGCGGACAACACAGAGCUCUCUUUACAUGAAGGAGAGGAGGUUACCGUGGUUACAAUUGGUGACAGCGGUUGGUGGUUUGUGAAGUCGAUUGAGACUGAAUGUCAGGGCUGGACGCCUUCUACAUACCUAGAACCAAUCAGCCGAAGAAGCUCGCGUUCUGCAAUUUCUAUGACGAGUUUAGAAUCUGGCCUGGGAAGCAACGGCAUCCACCACGCAGUGAGCAAAAACAGUAUAGGUAGUAGCACCAGUGGCGGCUGUGGCACCAGCAUGGAAGGUGGUGGGGCCGGAGGAAGGGUCAAAAGUCACCAGAACCUUUUGGACCAAUUAGAGGACACAGUGGUGUGAGGUGGCCAGUCUGGCCAGUGGUCAUUCUGACAUAGUGAGCAGUGAGGAUAUAUGACCAGUGAUAUGUCCAGUACUAACCAGUAACCACAAGUUUGAAUGCUUUAAGAACAGCAGGGGCAUAUUGAGGCUGCCCUCUGGGUCUUCUGGAAGACAGAUUUCUGUCGGAAGGUGGUAAAAAAAGGCGGAUGGAUGAACAAUGAUAAUUUGGAAGACUGUCAGAAAUGAUCUCUGGAUCCGCCCCAGAACAGGGACAGUAUGUUGGUCAUAAUCCAUUUGAAAUAUUCAAAAACCAUGCUGUGACAUUUUUGUGCCCCAUCAUCAAAAGAAAAGAGGGAGAAAAAAGCUUUAUCUAUUUAAAGUACUGGUAGAUGCAAAAUUUAGUGUACAAACAAAAGGAAGCAUGCAAACACUCACUGUAUGUGGCUUAUGUAUCCAAAUCAAAGUGAUCCUAAAAACAAGUGCUCACAUGAUUAUGAUGUCAUUGAUGGAGAAAAACCCUGUGUGAUGUCACCAUGUGAUGUCGCGGCUAAACCCAUGUGAUGUCACAGCUGUACCCUGUGAUGUCACAAUUAUACCCUAUGUCAGAAUAUUUAAGAGCACAUUUUCAGUUACUAUCAUAGUUUUGAUAUGUGUCCUAAAGAUUUUUUAUCUUGGAUAUGUAUACAUGCACUUCUAUGGUGCAGCAAUGUCUUGUUUUAUUUCUGUUAUUAUUUUUUUCUACACAGUCAUGACGUAUGAUUAUUGCCAUGCAAUUAUGAUGUAAUGUAUGCAACAUCCACUGUUGGGUCUGUAUUCAGUUGAAAAGUUUGAGGGCUUCUUAUGAUAUAAACGUGUGUAUGUAGUAUAUAUGACACAAUAUGUAUUCAGGUAAUCAUGUUCACUUUACUUGUUCUCAUGAUAUACACGGUAUCUAAUUGAUAUAAUGUGGUAAUAUUGAUGAUGUCAUAAUUGUGGUAGCCAUGGUACCAUCCAAAAGUGCACAACAUGUGGUGACAUCAUUGCUUUUUGUGCCUUGAUGUUGUCAAGAAUUUCAACCAGCAUAUGUAUCGUUUUUGGAUUUUUAUAGCAAACCAAGAGUAAGGUUAAUACUUCAAGUUGUGGUGUUAGAAGAAUUGUGAGCUUUGCUUUGGAUGCAAGCACAUUCCAGCUUUAAAUUUCUUCAAACAGUAAAAAUAUUUGCUUCAUUUAAUUUUGCUUAUAUGUGCAUAUUAUAUGUCAUAUAUGUUUACAGAAUUUGAGAAACACCAUUCCAGUGUAGUCUACUAAAAAUAAAAUGAUUCCUCUUUAUGAAAAAAGUAUAUUUUCUUUUAAAGAUUUCUGUCACAGCCAACAGUUUAUGAUGAGCACAUUUAUAUGUACAGAUAUUAGUACAGAAAAGAGACAUUUGAUGAUAUUUUUUUCAAAUUAUAAAGUUAAGUCACUACGAAUGGUCAUUUCAAAUUUUAUGAAAAUUUUGACAUAUCUGUGAUUUGCUAUACAUUAACUACAUGUUCUUUUACUGUAGUUAAUUUAUUUUAUCUGAAGUCAAAAAGGUAGAGAAAUUGACACACUUAAAAGUAAUUUUGAAUGAUUCCUAGAUGGAUUGAAACAUGAAAAGAAGAAAACAUAGAAAUUCCCAAACUUCAGAGUAUUGAGAUAUACAUUCCCAGUCUGAUCGUUAUAUGUGGUGAGAAUAAUAUAUAUGUACUGGUAGAAGUGCUGUUGUGAAAGCUUUUCAACAGAGAUGAUAAUAUUAAAUUAUUAUGGAAAUGAUAGGUCUUUAUUUGAAAUGUGAUAUAUACCUGUAUUUUCUGAGAGUUGAAAUGUUUUGAUCAGAUCUCAAGGGGGGAAUACAUUCCUACAUGAUGUGAUCCCAAAUGUACAGGUGUUACCUUUGUCAUAACUAAUAUAAAUGUUCAUAAUACAGUAAUUACUGACACAUUUUGAACCCCCUAUAUUGUCAAGAUGUAUUACUUUUAGGAACUGAAUCUAAAAAAGGUUGUGUUUAAGAUGGUUCUGUAAUAAUACCCUUCAGGAUAAAAUGAUUGGCGAUGUGAAAUAUGUGAAAUAAUUAAAACCAAGCAGAAUACGGUAAUUACUAAAAAAAAAUUGAGAAGUAAUUUGUACCCAUUAUCAUGUUAAACAAAUAGUGCAGAUGUGCGUUUUAUGAGGGCAACUGAAAUAUUUGCACUUGUCAAUGUGCUUUUCACAUAUCGUCACUCUUUAGGGAUACAUGUGCAAUUCUGUAUACAAGUCAUAAACAGCUGAAUGUAUGUUAUUUAUGUCCAUUAUACUUUAAUUUGUUAAGUUGUAAAGCUUGCUUUUCAGUGGAUUUAUGUAAAUGAAAAAGUGAAAGUGAAAUAUGUACAUGUAUGUUUAUUGUGUAAUGCAUAUGUACUGCACUUGCUUGUAAAUAUAAAAGUAUAAUUUGUGGUAUUUAUUAACAACACUGCCGUUUUGUAAAUAGACAAUGUGUAUUUUUCUCUCUUUCGGCAGAUACAGCUGUUAAAAACAGUUGGGAAUUUGAGAUCAGAUUGAUUAUUUUUAUUUUUUUCUUGAGUUUUGGCUUUCCUUGCAUUUUAUUUUGACAGUGAUAAUGUUUAAUAUGUUGAUAUGUUGAUCCUUGUUAGAUAUUGACUCGUACUGGUACAUGUACAUGUAUUACGACAAGUGCGUGGUGCGAGUGCAAAGUAAAUCGAUCAUUUCUGGGACAUAUUAUGUGUACAUGUAUGUGCUUGAAGCUUCAUAAGUAUUUUCAUUCAUAUACGAAUAAGUGCUUCUUAUAUAAUUACUAGUACUCUGAAAACGUGCAUUACACUAGAACUGUGGUAUUCUUUUCAUUUUGUAAAUUGAAUCAAUACACUUUUUGCAAAAUCCUAAAAUUUGCGAAGGGAUUGGAAUACUUUUGUGUUUGAAUCCUAUUAGUGCUUCUUAGAGGCUUCAAUCUUAGAUGCCAAGCCGUUUCGUGUUGCGGCAUGGGAUCGCCAGAAAAUUAAAAAUAAAUAUAACAAGCUGGUAGGGUCAUUUGAAUUACUUAUUUUCUUUUGGUGCCAUGUUAUGUAUAGGUGCAUGCAAUAUACGUCUUUGUACACUUGUAUAUUGACAUUUGUAUUGAUGUCGUCCAUAGUGUGAAACGUGGAGGGAA